AUGUCUUCAGCAGUACCUGAACAGGCUCCCGCCUCGCACCUUACAGACCAGCAGCCUGGCCGUGCCAAUGUCUCGGAGAAAGGACCUCCUGACGCAUCUGGGGUUGGAUCAGCCCCAGAUGGGGGCCUCCGUGCCUGGCUCGUGGCGGCUGGUGCGGCAUCGGUCUUUUUCUGCACGCUUGGUCUCGCCAACUCUUUCGGCACCUUCGUAGAAUACUAUCUGACCCAUCAGUUGAAAGGUGAUACGGCUUCUUCUAUCUCGUGGAUUGGCUCCCUGCAAUCCUUUCUGCAAUUCUUCUCGGGCAUGCUGGGGGGGCGGCUCUUUGAUCGCUUUGGCGCCAAUGUCUUCUGGCCCUCUGCCAUCUUCUACCUCUUCGCCAUGAUGAUGCUGAGUCUGUGCAAGACCUAUUGGCAGGCCAUGCUCGUCCAGGGUGUUUUGAUUGGCCUUGUCAUGGGCUUUCUACAAAUUCCGGCCUUCGCAGCGGUGUCGCAAUAUUUCGACAAGAAACGGGCUGGAGCCCUAGGCCUUGCCGUUGCCGGGUCCUCGAUUGGCGGAGUCAUCAUGCCCAUUAUCCUAUCCAAGGGGUUCAAUGGCUCCUCACUAGGCUUCGGGUGGACGUCGCGCUUUCUUAUGCUCGUCACGGCGCUCUUCUUCAUGUUCGUUGGAAUGUUUACCCCGAUGUUCUACCUUACCACCUACGCCACCACCCAAGGCAUGGGAGCCACGCUGGCAGGGUACUUACCGGCCCUGGUGAAUGCCGCCUCCACCAUCGGCCGCAUUGUGCCAGGAGUGUUAGCUGAUCAGUAUGGGCGCCUGAACACCUUCGCCGUUGGCGGGGUAACAACGGGCAUUCUCGUCUUCUGUAUGACCAGCGCCACCAGCAAUGCCGCCUUGAUUGUCUACGCCGUCUUCUUCGGGCUCUGCUCGGGUGCUAUUGUCUCCGGCGCCGCGGCCACCUUCUCCAGCUGCCCCGACAACCCGCAAGAUAUCGGUACUUACAUGGGAAUGGGGAUGGCCAUUUCAGGGCUCGGGACUCUUGUCGGUCCCCCAUCAAUGGCGCCAUCCUCGCUCGGUAUGGGGGGUUUUUUGAAUGCUGCAUGUUCAGUGGUGCAAUGGCGGUGUUUGGCGGCUUCGUUGCAUUCGCUGCGAAGCUGA